CACUUCCCCUUUGCCGUACGAAGAUUCAAACUCCUCAUUUCUCACAUUUCCUCUUUUUUUUUUCUUUCUUUCAUUUAAUCUUUUACCUAAAACAAAACAAAACGAACUCCAAAUCCCACGAUCACAAACUUACUCAAGAUUUAACAGGUUACGUUAUGGAGAUGUAUCCGAGUAGCAAUGAUUCCGACUUAGCAAUGUUGGACUCAAUUCGGCGACACUUACUCGGCGAGCCAUCAGACUUCCGACUCGAUGCAUCCACUGAUUGUACCACUACUACCACAACCACGGCUCCCCCCAUGGUUUGUAGGAGCUCAAGCUUCAACCGCUUGUACCCUUGUUUGACUGAAACCUGGGGUGACCUCCCUCUUAAAGAAAACGAUUCUGAAGACAUGCUCGUUUUCGGGUUCCUCCGAGAUGCUUUAACCGUGGGAUGGGCACCCUCCGAUAACUCUUCCAUGAAUUUCCUGCCUAUAAAACCAGAGCCGCAAGAGAUUUCAUUUGAGGCACCGGUAAGGAAAGUAGAUAGGGCUGUGAACAAAGCGAGGCAUUACAGAGGAGUUAGGCAAAGGCCAUGGGGGAAGUUCGCAGCUGAGAUAAGGGACCCGGCUAAAAAUGGGGCUCGUGUUUGGUUAGGUACAUUUGAAACAGCUGAGGAUGCGGCUUUGGCUUAUGAUAAAGCAGCUUAUAGGAUGCGCGGCUCCAAGGCUUUGUUGAAUUUUCCAUUGAGGGUCAAUUCCGGAGAGCCUGAUCCAGUGAGGGUAACAUCAAAGAGGACAUCACCUGAGCCGUCUAAUUCUUCAUCCUCCGGCUCAGAGAACGGAUCGCCGAAAAGGAGGAGAAAAGUGGCUCCCUCGGCUUCAGUUGUGGCCCAAGCCGGGUUAGAUAUGGGAUCAGGAGUAGAAAUGAAGUAUGAAAUUGGAUCGUGUACACAUGACAAUCAAGUGUUAUUCAGUUAAUGCUGACGUGAUAGUUGAUUAAUGAAAACACGUGUAAGUUACAUACACUCCCCAAUUUAGGAAAGAGAAAAAGGGAGGUUUCAAAUCAUGAUGAGCAUUGAGAGUUGUUGGCCUUAGUGUAUACAAAGAAAUUGUCAUUAUUUCAUGGAUGUUUUGUUAAAUGGAAAUUUUUGUUUGUUUUUGGUUGGAGUAA